CUCACGUAAUGUACGGCAGCUUUCCUCUUUUUUUAAUUUCUCUUUCUCCUGUUCUCCACCAAUAUAAAUAUACAUGCUUUCAAGAGGGUGUUUAGCUUAGCUCAACAAUUUUCUUGCACCUCAAGUCGGCUGCUUUCAGCUUUCAGCACCUUCAUCUACCUUUUAUUUUAGUAUUUUUUUUUUUAAAUUUACUGUCGACAUCACCAAAACUAUUAAUACUUAUUGGGCUUUGAUUCUUUGUGUGUGUUCUCUGAAAACAACGCCUUUAACAUUUUCUCUUAAAACCUCUCCCAGAAUCUACUUCAAGAAGACAAACCUCAAAUAUUUCCAAAAAAUAAAGGUAUUGCUAGAAAUUUGAUUAAAACAAGUUGUUCAUGGCACUUGCACGGGUUGCCAGGAGUGGCUUGAGAAGAUCAGGAGGUGUCGUUGGUAGUAACACGACUGAGAGGAAUAUCUUCUUUGAAAGAUUAUCCGGUUCCCUUGAAAAAAUCAAUGUGCACAGCAAUUUGACAUCCCUUUCCACCAUAAAAGGGUUGAAUCACAUGAAUUUUUGGAGCAGGGGAAUAAGGACAACCCCACAUUAUCAGUUUCCUUUAGCUGACCGACUAGUGGAGACAGAGUCGGAGUCGGAACAUGAUGAACCAAGGUAUCCAGGACUAGAGGCAACCAAGCCAGGCGAAAAGCCUAGAGUGGUUGUCCUUGGUACUGGAUGGGCAGCAUGCCGAUUCCUCAAUGGGCUUGACACCAAAGCCUAUGAUGUUGUUUGCAUAUCACCUCGAAACCACAUGGUUUUCACCCCUUUGCUUGCUUCAACUUGUGUUGGAACUCUUGAAUUCCGCUCGGUUUCCGAGCCUGUUAGCCGGAUACAGUCUGCAUUGGCAACAAGCCCCAAUUCAUACUUCUAUCUUGCUUCUUGCAUAGGCGUUGACACUAACAAACAUGAGGUGUAUUGUGAGACAAUGAGCAAUGGUGGACUACCUCACGAACCUUAUCAAUUUAAAGUUGCAUAUGACAAGCUUGUAAUUGCCGCUGGAGCAGAGCCUUUAACUUUUGGUAUCAAGGGUGUGAAGGGAAAUGCAUAUUUCCUUCGUGAAGUGAAUCAUGCCCAAGAAAUAAGGAAGAAACUUCUUUUGAACCUAAUGCUCUCUGAAAAUCCAGGCAUAUCAGAAGAAGAAAAGAGACGCCUCUUGCAUUGUGUUAUCAUUGGGGGUGGCCCAACAGGAGUGGAGUUCAGUGGUGAGUUGAGCGAUUUCAUUAUGAGAGAUGUCCGGGAGAGAUACAGUCAUGUAAAAGAUUACAUCAAAGUUACACUCAUAGAGGCAAAUGAGAUUUUGUCAUCCUUUGAUGUUGGACUACGCCAAUAUGCAACAAAUCACUUGAGGAAGUCGGGUGUUCAACUCAUGCGAGGUGUUGUGAAAGAAGUCCAUCCCAAAAAAAUUAUUCUCAGUGAUGGAACUGAUGUCCCUUACGGCCUCUUAGUCUGGUCUACUGGUGUUGGUCCCUCUCAGUUCAUUAAAUCAUUAAAUCUUCCCAAAUCCCCUGGCGGAAGGAUUGGUAUCGAUGAAUGGUUGCGUGUACCUUCGGUAGAAGAUGUAUUUGCACUCGGAGAUUGUGCCGGUUUCCUUGAACAGACAGGGAAGCCUGUCCUUCCAGCUCUAGCUCAGGUUGCAGAGAGGCAAGGUAAAUACCUGGUGGAGGUGUUUAACAGGAUGGCGAAAGAGGAUGGGGGCAAGGCAUUUAGUGUCAAAGACAUGUCUCUGGGAGACCCUUUUGUCUAUAAGCAUCUGGGAAGCAUGGCAUCUGUGGGUCGUUACAAGGCCCUUGUAGAUCUUCGCCAAUCUAAGGACGCGCAAGGCAUAUCACUUGCGGGGUUCAUAAGUUGGUUGAUAUGGCGCUCGGCUUACUUGACGCGUGUGGUUAGUUGGAGGAACAGGUUCUAUGUGGCAGUGAACUGGGCCACCACGCUGGUCUUUGGCAGAGACGAUUCCAGGAUAGGUUGAGGCAUGGCAUGCCAUAGUCAUUGCCUUCCGCUGCUCUUUAAAUAUUUUCAAUCUUAUAUGCUGCUAUAAAUCUUUCAUUUUUGUAUGUUUUUUUAUUAACUUAAUAAAAUACCCAGAAAAAGGAAACAUAGAUUCAAGCAAUGUCUAUGAAUUCAGGUAAUCUGAGAUAAACUGAAAAAAGAAGCAAGUGAAAAUUCAUUAAUCUGAAAGCUGAACAAAACAGACAUGAACCUCGACAACAAAAAACACAAAGCUCAUAUCUAUCUCUCUCGUACAAAAUCGGAUUCUUUUUAGGGAGGAUGAAGUAAACCUAAGACAAGUGAUGCCUGCGACUACUUAGAGAAAAAAUAGAAGCAACAGAAUGGGCGAUUCCAACCAGGAUAGCCACUUUCACUUUACCCCUCCUCGGGAUCGGACGUCCGGCGGUCCUCGGUGAAAGGCUCCCGCUGUUGAUACUUUCUCUCCUUGCACCGCCCAUUUCUUCUUCUUACAGAUGAAAAGAAAACAGAAACAGAGAGCAAGUGGGGGAAAAUCUUGACGGUGGUUUGUGUGUGUUAAUUGUGGAGCGAGUUUGUGUU